GGCAUAUCAUUUUGAAAAGGAAAAAGUUGAAUAAGUACUUAUUUUUUUACUUUUUUCUUUUAAAAAAAAUGUAAUUUAGAUUGUAACAUGGAUGAGGAUCUAUUUUCUGAGAGAAAUGAGUUUAAUUUCGAGUCAAAAUUAAUUAGAAAUGACGAUAAAAACAUAUAUAAUCGUCUUCGAUCGAUUGUUGAUGAUGCAUCGUUUGUUAUGGAAAUUACAGAUCUGUUACCUAAUCUAGCACUUAUUGCAAAUGAACGCUGUGGUUCUUGGUAUAUUGAUUGUACAAAGAAAAAAGCAUAUUCAGCUUAUUUUAAAUCAACCGAUGGACACAUGCAUAUUUGGGAUUUCAACAUUCGACGCAAUAAUCUUCACCUUAUUCCCAUUCUUAUGAAACAUAACGGCGGCAUUAUUGUUGAUUCAACUCGAAAAGGAAAACGUAUUCCAGAUGCCUUAUCGAAAACAAUACCUAUUUGGUGUUGCACAGUGAAUCGUGCUGUUGCUAGGUAUCGAGGUUAUAGUAAUAAUAAUGAGUGUUGGGAUGUAGAAUUUCAUUCUUUACCUUCCACUGUCUCUCGUUCAGAGCAUGCACAGAUUGAAGCUAAAAUUGAUGGAUUUGUUGAAAAAUUAUUAGAUUCGGGUGUUGACAUGGAAACUGUUUCCAAAGAGUUAAAAAAACCCCUAAGACCCAUUUGGUAUACACCUAAAUCUUAUGACACAUUGAUCAGCUCCCCUCCUGAUUUUGAUGCUGAUGACAUAGAUUUUUGUCCUGUGAUUUGCCUAAGUGCUUCUGAAGCAGUAGAAGCUGGAUAUCAAUUAAGGGCUGGGUACUUGUAUGUACAAGGUUCAGGAGAUGACCAAGAAGCUUGGGCUAUGGGAUUAACACCAAAUAUGUUGUGGAAGCAUCGAGAUGAAAUAUUGACAAGUUCAGGAGAAUGUGAAGGAAAUGUAAAAAAUAUAGUCUUGUUAUACAAAUCGAAAAAACUAGAAGAAGAGACGAAUGAAAAGAAUUAUGCAUUUAUUAAACCAACUACAUUAGCUAUUGGUAACUCUGCUAAAUGUAAUAAACCACCUCAUUGCUGGGAAGUAUUUGAUUAUGUCAUUAAUUGCAGUAAUAGCGAAGAAGAGGUACCGAUAGAAAAUGACCACUAUUUAUAUUUACCUAUACCAGAAGGUAAAAAAGGGCAAAUUAUAUUUGGAUCAAGUAUACAAAAAGCAAUUGAUUUUGUACGUGAUCCAAUUUUAAAAAAUAAAAAAAUACUUGUUCAGUGUUCUACAGGUAAAGAUCACUCAGUAGGUAUUUUAUUAGCCAUCUUAAUUUACUAUUUUGAUCUUGAUGGGCAAUUAUUAAAAGACAAAAGUGCACGAGUAGUGGAUAAAAAAUUGGUCCAACACCAACUAGUCAAGAUUAUAUCACAUUGGGAAAAGGCUUCACCCUCAAGAGUUACAUUAAAGAGACUCAAUACAUUUUUUAUGAGUCAUUUGAAAUUAUCAUAAUUUUUACUUGAUAAUGCCGUGUUUAUAUAAAGUAGCGAAGCAUGAUCUCAUCACGUUAUUAAUAAAGUUACAAUAAUGUACAUUUAUAUAAAAGUAU